GCUUCAAUCGAUUUCGCUGCUUCUGCUUCUGCUCAAAGGGCGAGCGAGGACACCUCUCAAGCCGAGCGUCCCGAAAUCUCAAGGCCACAGAAGAAGGCAAGACUACACGAGGAUCAACCGAGUGGCUGCUCUUCUGAGUAUCGGUCACGCUUGGCUGACAUGGCGGCCAGUCCCACCCUGCCCUCGGGCUCGAGCUCGAGCGCAACAAACGGCGCUUCAGCAGCAUCUGCUAGCCAGUCUCAGCAGCGCCCGCUAAGGUCCUCGGCUUCGAUGAUUGAUGGCGCCAGCGCCAGCGUGACCCGAUCACAGCCAGCCUUGGACGACGAGGCCGAUUUUGUGCCCAUGUUUGAUGGAAGUGGGCUGGACAGGCGAGAAUUUCUGCGACUGGCGAUGCAAAGCCUCAAGGAGAUGGGUUAUGAGUCUUCUGUCCAAGCGAUUGAAAGCGAGACUGGUCUGGUAUUGGAGCACCCCUGCAUCGUGGAAUUUCGCAAAGCGGCGCUUAGAGGAGAAUGGAAGAGCGCCGAAGACUUGCUUCUGAAGGGCUUGAAUGCAGGUGCACAGAAGCUUUCUGGCCGUUCGGGGGCGAAUGUACGCACAUUUGGAUCCCCAUCAGUCGGACACGAGGCUUCCUUGGACCUGGCACUCCGAUCACCUGAGGUCAGAGGACUGGAGUGGAUACGAUUCCUGAUUCACCAGCAAAGAUACUUGGAACUCUUGGAAGCUCAGCAGCCUAAGAAGGCCUUGUCUAUACUUCGGGACAAGCUCACUCCAUUGAACCACGGCUCUGACUCGCUGCAUGAGCUGUCAAGUCUGGUCAUGUGCGGUUCUCCCGAGGAGCUGCGAGCAAGGGCGAAGUGGCAAGGCACUGGGCCCGCAUCCAGACGCAAAUUGCUGCAGGAGAUUGAGAGCGCUGUGCACCCAUCCGUCAUGGUGCCCACUAGACGUCUACCGACGCUGCUUCACCAAGCUCAAACGCUCCAAAAGCAGCGCGAUCCAUUCUUCAACUCUCCGUCACACCAUCACAUGUCGCUGUACGUCGAUCACAGAUCCGACAAAUCCGUCUUCCCCAAUAGGAUAAGCGCCACCUUGAGAGGGCAUGACGGGGCUCAGGUUUGGGACCUCGCAUGGAGCAGAGACGGCUCAAAAUUGGCUACAGCUGGAGGAAAAGCAAAGGCCACGUCCGAGCAGGACUGCUAUGUACUUGUCUGGAAAGCUGUUGAUUUGCGCCGCGUCGAGGCAGGAAUCGAUAGCGCGUGGGAAGGAACCCAUAAGCUCGGCCCUCUCAGUGACUCAGUCUCAAGCGUAGCGUGGUCUCCAGACGACAGCAUGAUCCUUUGCACCCACCACUGCGACGUCACCAUCUUUUUCCUCUCCAGUGGGUCCAAGAAACAUGUCCCAUCUGCACACGGAUAUGCCGUUGGCACCGCCUCUUGGUUGCCGGAUGGCAAGUCCUUCGUCACAGGAGGUAUGGACCACAAGAUUCACGUGCGCAAUCUUGAUGGACACGUCUUGCGCAGCUUCAACACCAAUCCGUUCAGAAUCUUGGCUCUUGCGGUGGCGCCUAACGGAAGUGCACUCGUGGCGGUAGGCACGAGACCUCUGGCAAAGGAUGAGCCAGCUCCUACCUCGUCAGCUGCUGGCGCUGCUUCCAGUCCUUUGAGAAACGGAACAUACGGAGACUCGUUUGGUGACCCCGCCAGCGAGGAUGGAGAGACGCCAAACGUGCGAUCUACGGACGGCGCAUUGGGCGGUGGAAGCAGGAUCAUGGAGCGGAGAAAGCACGAGAUUCUAUUCCUCGAUUUGCAAGAAAUGGCAACGGCCGGAACUGUCUACAUGAAAGAAGAGAUGAUGAGCGUUUGCAUCAGCGGAGACUCUCGCUUCGCGCUCAUCAACGCUCGUCCAGACCAAGCUCAGCUAUGGGACAUUUCGUCCCAAACUUUGGUCGGCCGAUUCAAUGGCCACAAGUCAUCGAACUUGGUCAUCAAGUCUUGCUUUGGUGGGGUAGAACGAUCAUUUGUCGUUUCUGGCAGCGAAGAUGGCCAGAUUUACGUGUACCACCGACCGAGUGGCAAGCUUUUACAGAAAUUGAAAGGUCACACUGAUGCUGUCAACAGCGUCGCCUGGCACCCAACAAACCCUAGGAUGUUUGCUUCUGCUUCGGACGACUCGACGGUGAGGAUCUGGACUCCAGAUGACUCCGACUCUUCAUCCACGGCUUUCGCCGCCUCCGCUUUCCUCGAAGAGGCAGACUUGGCGGCGACUCCGUCGCCCUCGAGUCGCGAGCCUUCUGGUGUCAGUAGCAGCGUGUCGAGGAGACGAAGCGCGUGGACCGCUGACGGGACAAGUCGAGCCAGCCUCUUGGCCCCACCUCAAACCUACGGCAAUGGCAAUGGGCACGGCACAACUUCGCCUUCCAACAUCUCGGCGAGGGAGGCUAUUCGCCAGCUAUCAGCCACCCUCUCGGCGAAUACGGGCUCCGUCUCUUCAUUUGGCGGCAGCAGAAACGAGCCCACUCCUUUCCCUUGGGAUAGAAGUCCCACGGAUCCCAGAGGAGACGAGCUCGAAUUGCCACCUCCCAGCUCCGGCGACUUUGUCAUCGACUAGCAGUGGACCUCAUCAUCUCCAGCACAAUGGCAACACACGUCUUUACUAGCGCCAACCUGUACCACUGCUCAUUCCCAUGAUCAUUACGACGCCUUC